AUGGCGUUGGAAGAGAUGUUUGUAACCGGUGCGACGGGUUUAAUGAAAAAAUUGGUUUCGUCUGUUGCACAUAAAAUCGGUAUGGCUGGGGUUGUAGAGAAAGAUCUGGAAAAGCUGAAAGGAACUUUGGAGAUGAUUGCGGCUGUAACUUCCGACGCUGAAAAGAAGCAAGUGCAAGACAAAGUUGUGCAGCUUUGGUUGAGAAGGCUACAGAACGUAGCAUAUGAUAUAGAUGAUGUUCUGGAUGAAAUGAAUUAUGAAGCCAUACGUCUCAGUGAAAAACAUGGAAAGCUAGAGAAGGUACGUCGUUUCUCAGUUAAAUUCGAUUUCAAAAUGGCUAAUAGAAUCAAAACCAUUAACGAAGAAUUAGAUGAAAUUGCCAAGCAAAAGGCUAUGUUUCAGUUAGAACAUAGUGAUGAUGAUGAUCAAAAUAAUGAGCAACUAGACCGAAUGACAGCAUCCUUUAUAGGCGAUAUAAAAAUUGUUGGAAGAGAAAACGAUAAAUCGCGCAUAGUAAAGACAUUAUUGACAACAAACCCUUCAUGGUCAUCAUCUGAUAAUACUAAUCCAGAAGAAAAUAUUUCAGUCAUGUCAAUAGUGGGGAUGGGGGGACUUGGGAAAACGACCCUAGCUCAACUGGUAUACAAAGACUGCUCCAUUGAGAGAAGCUUUGAUCCAAGAGUGUGGGUAUGUAUUUCUGAUAAAUUUGAUAUCUUUCUAAUUUUAAGAAAUAUUCUAGAGUCCAUAACUGAAACACCCUGUGACGUCUCUAAUAUCGAUGUACUGGUAAGAAAAGUACAUGAAGACAUCGGUGGGAAGAAAUAUCUGUUGGUACUAGACGAUCUGUGGAACGAUAAUGCGGAAGACUGGGAGAAACUUAUGGGUAUACUGAGCGUGGGUGCUCAAGGGAGCAAAAUAUUAGUAACUACACGUAAAGACGAUGUUGCAGCUAUUGUUAGGGGUACAAUUCCUCCGUAUAGUCUUACAAACUUAUCGAAUCAAGAAUGCUGGUCUAUCAUUGAGUACAGGGCCUUUUCUCCUGGCGGAGCAGUCAAGACACCAAAUAUGUCAAUUAUAGGGGAGGAGAUUGCGAGAAAAUGUGGUGGUUUACCACUUGCAGCUAAUUUUCUUGGAAGUCUUAUGCGCUUGAAAAGAUACGAGCGGGAUUGGUUAGCGAUCAGAGACAAUAAGAUUUUCAAUAUACCGGAAAAUGAAAAUAAGAUCACACAAAUACUGAAACUGAGCUAUUAUAAUCUACCAUCUAAUUUGAAACAGUGUUUCUCAUAUUGUUGUUUAUUUCCUAAAGAUUGGGAAUAUGAUAGAGAUACACUGAUUGGAUUAUGGAUGGCUGAAGGAUUCCUUCAUUCGUCGUCUCGUGGAGGAAACCAAAACUCAUUGGAAGAUAUAGGUAACAAAUAUUUUCAUACUUUAUUAUCAAAUUCUUUCUUUCAAGAUGUAGAAAAGGAUAAGCUAGGCGACAUUAAAACAUUCAAAAUGCAUGAUUUAGUACAUGAUCUUGCACAAAGUGUCGUUGGUAGUCAUGAAGUCAGGAUGCUGCAUGCAAGUGAAAUGGGAAAUGAUGUAUCUAAUGUGCGUCGUCUACAUUUGAAUUUAGAUACUGAAGAUGGAAUACCAAAUGCAACUUCAAAUGUCUUAAACAAUUUGAAAAAGCUAAGAACGGUUGUUUGCAAGAAAGCUCAUUUGUAUACAAGUCCAGUUAAUAACAAGCGUCUACGUGUGAUGUAUUCGCAUUUGAGUUAUUUAGAUGAAAAAGAUCCAUCAUUCGGUUUAAAUUUUAUACACUUAAGGUACCUUCAUCUCAAAUCUUGUGAUCUUGCAAGUGUUCAAGCUGGUUCCAUUAGCCAACUCUACAAUCUUCAGACUCUGAGUCUUCAGCGAUGCAUCAAUUCUGCAAUCAUUCUUAAAGAUAUCGCUUCUUUGCACAAUUUACGUCAUCUUGAUAUCUCUCGUUCGACUGUUGAAGUGUUACCUGAUUCUAUCUUUAAGCUCACCAAUUUGCAGACUUUGGAUAUCAGUACUUCUGCUAUUCGUGUUUUACCAACAGAUAUUCGGCUUCUUCAAAAUUUAGUGUCCCUUGAUAUUUCAAAUACAUUUAUAGUAAGAUUACCCGAUAGUUAUGGAGAACUGACAAAAUUAAGGUCACUUGAUUUGGAAAGAACUGAAAUAAAAGAAUUGCCAGAGACUUUGACGGACAACUUGUGUAAAUAUGAGUUUGUGAACUUGGAGGAUUGUGAGUUCCCCAAAGACAUCAAGAAUUGGGUGGAAUUGAGAAGUCUGUGUAGAAAUACAAAGUCGGCCAACUAUCGAAUAAUGCCCACAGGUAUAGAAAUGCUAACUCGCUUGGAAAUUAUAAAUCCUUACGUGGUUAGGAACAAAGAAGACUACGUUAAUGAUUCUAGUGGGAUGGAAGAAUUAGCAGGCCUAGACUUCCUUCGGGAGUUAACUGUGACAUUUCUGGACAAUGUAAGAGGUAAAGCGGAUGCAGAGAGCGCAAAAUUAAAAGACAAGCAGAACAUUAGAAUGUUGCAUCUAAAGUGGGAGCGAAAACACGAAGAAGGCGGAGAAGAAGAGUUUGCUAAUAAAUGUGAUAUGGUGCUUGAAGGUCUAAAGCCACAUCCUAAUUUAAAUAUUUUAUCGAUACAAGGUUUCGGAGGCUUAAAGCUUCCGGAGUGGUUGGGUUCUUCUUAUUGCCUUCCGAAUUUGGUGACAUUAUGUUUUGAUGGUUGCAAGAGUUGUGAGAAGCUUCCAGGUUUGGGUAUGCUCCCGUGUCUUAGAGUUCUUAAAUUGGUAAGAAUGAGAUCCGUGAAAUGUUUGGGCGAGGAAUUUUAUUACCAAGGAGAACAAGAAGAAAUCAGUAGUCCUGUGGAAGCUACAACAACGUUAUUCCCUUCCCUAAUAGAGUUGAAAAUUUUAAUGAUGAGUGAUUUAGAAGAAUGGGUUGCUCCUCCACCACUUUACGGUUCCUUCCCUGUACUUGAAGAUGUUGGUAUCAAGUUUUGCAAGAAAUUGAAAUCUGUACCGGAUUUGCAAUCAUGCGCUUCUCUCCGGAAAGUAGAUAUAUUGAUCUGUGACAAGUUAAAGGAGUACUCAAUACCGAAUCAUCUGAAGAACUUGCCUUCCUUGAACAACUGA